UGGCUUUCUUCGGCGAUCGGCCUCCGCCAUUGCCCCUCUAGCAAAUCGACUCACCGGAAACCAGAACCACCACCCCUCUCGCACGAUUCCAUUUCCCUCAAUAAUCCUUCGCUACUCUUCUCCGUCCCCCAAGGAACCGAGUAAAAUCUCUGAGAAGCGAAACAUACGAGACUACAAACGCAGACUGCUCGCGGCCAAGUACGAACUGACGCGAAACCUUUGCAAAGCCCUCUGUUUAAAGACCCCCAAUCUUCCGUCCGAAUUGCGGGAGACCCACCGUUACAACUUGACCAAGUUGCCCAGGAACAGCUCCUUUGGAAGGGUGAGAAACCGGUGCAUUUACACGGGUCGCCCUCGUUCCGUAUACGAGCUGUUUCGGGUGUCUCGUAUCGUUUUCCGUGGAUUGGCGUCUCGUGGUUCUUUUGAUGGGCGUCAAGAAAGCGUCUUGGUAGAAAACCAACCGCUCUGCAGCUACCUGGUCUACAAAGAAAGGUUAUUUAGGAUUUGUUUUCUAAAUGCUUUAUGCUUAUUAGUAAAAAAUUUAUGACGAAGCCCCUUUUGAUUGCCAGAAAAUGUGAGGUUAUAAAUGAGAGUCUUUUCCCACCAAAUCCCACCGUUUCAAAAAUCUCAAAGGAAGAGAAGGAACCAGUCAAAAAUCUCACUUUUGUACUUCCUCUUCAUUUCUCACCAACAAUAAUGCUACAACGGCAAACACUCUCACACACAUUUUCUCACAUUAAGUAUGGGUUUUGUGGGCCCCAUACUUAAUGCGAGAGAGUUUGUGUGAAUGUGCGUGAAAGCGCCCGUGUUUCUAGACUUUGUUCUCACCAAAAUACCCAUUCCAAACAGUGAUUUGGCAAGAAAUUCAAACUCUUUCUUUUCUUUUCUUUUUUAUCAAAUCCCUCAAUCCAAAAGGGCUGGAAAUUCUUCCGAAUGAUGGUUUUGGAGUGUUGUGAGACUAAACCCAAACCGAACACGGCCAUUGGUUUUAGAGAUAUGAGAAGAGAAUGCCAUCAAUUGGGAGACAAUGUGGCCCUUGCGUGAUAGUGCUAUAGGAUAAGUACUCCUUUAUGGUCGUAGUCAAUGUCGAAUUGUUAUGGUCAAAGUCAAUGUCACUGGGCAAGGAAGAGUGGAAGACUUAGAAAAUUGAGCUUUAAAAUCUGAAAUUGCAUUCGAAUUCUUAUUUUGUCUCUUCUGAUUGAUCAAACAAAGAAUUCUGUCUCUUCCGAUAGAUCAAACAAGCUGGUUGAAGAAUUUUUCCCACCUGGAUGGAGAGACCAAUGCUCGAACUCAACUGCUUGAUGCCAAAACUAAAGACUUUCCUCCAGGUUGUUCUUUAAUGUAGCUCCAACUAAUCGCUGAACUAUUGGCAGAACGCCUACUUCAAUUCACCGAGGUCAAGUCUCAACCCAAUGAAAACGAGGAAGAGUGGAAGACAUAGAAAAUUGAGCUCUCAAGUCUCAACCCAAACAAAACGAGGAAGAGUGGAAGACUUAGAAAAUUGAUUGAGCUCUCAAGUCUCAACCCAAACAAAACGAGGAAGAGUGGAAGACUUAGAAAAUUGAGCUCUCAAGUCUCAACCAAAACAAAAUGAGGAAGAAUGGAAGACUUAGAAAAUUGAGCUCUCAAGUCGAAAACAUCCAAGAAAGUCUUAACAAGUGAUUAUGAUUUGUUUACAACAAUAACGUCAUGGAUUGGAAAGUGACUGAAUUCUACUCUCACAAUUAGGAAAAUGUUGGGAGUGGGUCCUUGCAUGUGAUUGGUUACGGAAGACAUUUCCAGGAAAAGAAGUUUGAUAGUGUAGAAAAGGAAAGAGAAAGAGACUGACCAUGCGACCUUGAGUGAAUGGUUGGACACGAAAUCGUCAUCCAUACAUCUCAAUUCAACUAACUGGCCACUGAUUUUUGCAAAACCAUGAAUACGUCUAUGAAAACUGUGGCAUUUCUGGUUCUUAGCUAUCUUACCAUAUUAGCCAUUGAUUUUAGCUUCUGCACUGGAAGCCAUGUCAACAUGCUUUGCUUGGAGAGCGAGAAACGAGCUCUCCUAAUCUUCAAACAACACCUAAAAGACCCUUCGGAGCGACUCUCUUCUUGGGAGGCCAAACAUGACUGCUGCAACUACUGGGCAGGAGUGGUUUGUGACAACACAACUGGCCAUGUCCUUGAGCUCCACCUUCAAAAUCAAAUUCUGGGUGUUGAUGGGUUUGGGAACGAUAACUCAACUUUGGGAGGUGAAAUAAAUCCUUCCUUGUUGAGUUUGAAGCAACUUCGUUACCUAGAUCUCAGUCGAAACGACUUCGAAGGAAUACCGAUUCCAUCCUUUAUGGGAUCUUUGGCAAGUCUUGAAUAUCUUAACCUGUCUGAGGCAAGAUUCGGGGGAAUGAUCCCCCGUCAACUUGGAAAUGUGUCGACCUUGCGUUUUCUAAGUCUCAGAGGAAAUUAUGACUUGGAUGUUACGGGUGGCGGCCUUCAGUGGCUUCCUCUUCUUCCCCAUUUGGAACACCUUGACUUAAGUAGUGUGGACCUAAUCAACGUGCCCAACUGGCUACAGGUAAUUAACAAGCUCCCUUCUUUAGCAGAGUUACACAUUGUUGGUUGCAGACUUCCUAACAUUCCUCCUCUCAAUAGUGUUAAUUUUACCUCUCUUGUUGUGCUCGAUCUUUCUGAUAACUUAUUUUUCUCUGUGAUGCCUAGGUGGAUCUUUAGUCUUAGUAACCUCAUUUCACUUGAUCUCUCUUCAUGUACUGUAGUGGGUAUACCUGAAGGUUCAUGGAACCUAACUUCUCUCGUGACCCUUGAUGUCUCUUACAACCAGUUGAAAUCUUUACCUGCUUCUUUGUUUAGGAUGAGUAGUCUCGUUCGUCUUAACCUGGACUAUGCAUUUGAAGCUCCCCUUCCAGUUGUUCUAAUUCCCAACAUGACUAGUCUCAGAUAUCUUGAUCUAUCUCACAAUUUCCUCAAAUGUAGCGUACCGAGUUGGCUGUAUAGUUUUACUCAACUUGAGUACCUUGACAUGUCCGACAAUGAGUUACAAGGUGGAAUGUCACAUGAGAUUGGAAACCUCACUUCUGUUGUUACCUUGGACCUAUCAUAUAACAAACUUGAAGGCGAGCUACCGAAUACCAUUGGAAACCUAGCCUCUGUUGUCACUUUGGACCUAUCAAAGAAUAAACUUGGGGGAAGGCUACCUAACUCAAUAGGAAAUCUUUGCAAUUUGAGCUUUAUUGAUAUAUCAAACAACAAAAUUGGGGGAGAAUUGUUUAAAAGUUCAUCAAAAUGCUCCUCGUAUGCCUUGGAGACAUUGUUCUUGCAGGAGAAUCAACUUUUUGGUGAAAUACCCGAUGAACUUGGGCAAUUUGAAAACGUAAGAGAGCUUAAUCUAGAGAAUAAUCUUGUUGGUGGUCCUAUUCCAGAGACUAUAGGAAGAUUGAAAUACUUGGAAACAUUGGGUCUUUCUGGAAAUCAAUUAAAUGGAACUCUUCCCGAAAGUCUUGGACAUCUUUCAAAGUUGAGUGUUCUUGACAUGCGCAAUAAUUUGUUGGAAGGCAUGGUGUUUGAAGUUCAUUUCACCAAUCUAGUAAAUCUCACUAUGUUCCGCGCCACUGGAAACCGGUUGACUCUAAAAGUGAGUCCCGAUUGGAUCCCUCCAUUUCAACUUCAACAACUAGAACUUGCAUCAUGGCAUUUGGGCCCGAAGUUUCCUGCAUGGCUUAAAUCACAAAAGAGUCUUGACACCCUUGACAUAUCCGAUACUGGAAUAUCAGACAGAAUUCCAAGUUGGUUAUGGAACAUGUCUUCCGCACUUCAUUUCCUAAAUGUCUCUCACAACCAAAUCUACGGCGAGAUUGCAUAUAUUGGUAUGCUUAGUGGUAGAGACCAGAUUUACUUGAAUUCCAACCAUUUGAAUGGUUCGUUACCCCGUCUCUCCUCCACAUCCUCCAUUCUUGAGCUGGAUCUUUCGAACAAUUCAUUUUUUGGGGGUAUCUCGGACUUCCUAUGUGUGAACGUCACAAUAUUUUCCACGGUUCUUCAUCUGGGAGAAAACCUACUCUCAGGUGAAAUUCCUGACUGUUGGAUGAGUUGGCCAUCACUACGUGUCCUAGAGCUGGGAAACAACAACUUCACAGGGAAUAUCCCAAACUCCACGGGGCAAAUGAUUUCAUUGGCAUCAUUGCACUUGCGCAAUAACCAUCUAUCGGGAGAAAUUACUUGGUCUUUACAGAACUGCACGGAUUUAGUGGUGCUUGACCUCAGUGAGAAUGAGUUCACUGGAAGCAUACCAACAUGGAUGGGGGAAAGCCUUUCAAGUUUGAGAAUUCUCACCCUUCGCUCCAAUAAGAUGAAUGACGUGAUACCUCCAGAGCUUUGUCGUCUCGUCUAUCUUCAAGUCUUGGAUCUUGCACAAAACAAUUUCUCCGGAGCAAUACCACGGUGUAUCAAUAAUUUUGCUGCCAUGGCAGUGAAAUUGAAUUCCAGCGGUCCUAUCUACUAUACUACCAGUCGUGGCUUCAGUAUUUAUGGUUACAUGGAGAAUGAACUUUUGAUGAUGAAAGGAAACAUGUAUCGAUAUGACAAGAUUCUGUCACUUGUAGCAAUCAUGGACCUUUCGGACAACAAUUUUACUGGAAGGAUUCCCAAGGAACUAACAAGUCUUGUGGGAUUGAUUUCUCUGAAUAUGUCCAGAAAUCAUUUGAGUGGUGUGAUUCCAAAGAAAAUUGGUAGCAUGGGGUUGCUUGGAGCUCUUGAUUUAUCCAGAAACCAACUCUAUGGUGAAAUUCCUCCAAGCAUAUCAGGCCUGACUUUUUAAAGUUAUUUGGAUCUAUCUUUUAAUAACUUGUCAGGUCGAAUUCCAUCGAGUACCCAACUUCAGGGUUUCAAUGCUUCCAGCUUUGUCGGCAACAAGCUUUGUGGGCUUCCACUUACAAAGAAUUGUAGCGUUGAUCAUGGCAAAACUACACCGGGUACAGACAACGAAGAAGAUGAUACAGGUGAUGGAUCUGGAGUGGAUUGGUUCUACGUGCUUAUGGCUAUUGGAUUUGCUGCAGGUUUUUGGGGUGUUUGUGGUCCUAUAUUCUUCAUCAAGUCAUGGAGACAUGCAUAUUUUCGAUUCCUGGAUAAUGUUUGGACCAGACUUUGUAUGAUUAGAUAUGGUAAAUGUUGUUAGACUAUAACAGUGGUAUGUAUACCACCUUGUAUUUGUUUUCUUGUAAUAAGAUUACGAAGAUAUGUAUUUUCAUUUCGUGGAA